AUGGAAUCAAAUGGAACGCGCAAAGGGCCGCUGCCUGGAGGUCGCCAGGGCGCGUCUGGAGCUGGCGCUGGACGCGACAGCAUGCGAACCGCCAGCCGAGCGCGAGGUGCUGCACGACCACCCAGCAGCUCCUCGCAUCCAUCAUCCCCACCAGCUGGCUUGGUGUCGGCAGGGUCUUCGCGGGCUCAGCAAUCGGCACCCGCCACUGGUGGAGUACGCCGCAUGCGUUGGACAACCCAGAUGAACAGCAACGCAUUGCGGGCGUAUUUUAGGGCGAAAGGGGGAGAAACUGGAGGUUUUGCGUAUCGGGCAAGGAUGCAUCGACUUUUUGCUGAGCUGGAGCCAUCUGUAACCGUCACCGAGCAAAACCUGGCAGACCGAGUUCGGUAUAUCUUGCGCUCAAAUACAUUUGAUGUCACCGAACUCGAACGGCUACGACGUGAGGCUGUUCCUUCAUCGGGUGAAAAUGCUGCGGCUGAGGAUGCGGCGCCACAACUUGCUGAGCAAACGGCAAAUGUGGAUGCCGCCGUGAAUACGCCAGUUGUGGUUGAUUCAAACGAUGAUGGAACAGUCGCCCUGGAACUAGAGCAAAUGAGGAGUACAUUGGAAGAGGCGAUUGUGGAAACGCGCAGUACGACUCUCGAAAAUCGACCUCGACUUCCCCGCUUAGCCCUAAGCAAGCGGAAUCGGGCUGUCGUGAGGGCUCUGAACCCAAUGCUGGUUACCUAUUUGGAAGCCAGCCGGGACCUUUGCGAUACGGACUCAAUUCUUUUUGGCGCCGCACUGGCAGUCUGCCGUAUUAUAGGUGCCAAACUUUCCACGGCUGGACGCGCUACUGGACAAAGUAGUGCUAUCCCAGCCUGGAGAAUAAGAAUUGAAGAACGUAUCGCAAAGGCUAGGGCCCUCAUCGGCAGACUGAUAUGCUUCAGGUCAGGCAAUACCAGGCCAAGGAUUGUGCGCACCGUCAGGAUGGCGUUUGCUGGGCCAAAUCUUAGUUUGUCCCAGCCGGAUAUAAUGCAAAAACUGACGGAGCGCAUAGACGACCUGAAGCAAAGAAUAGCUGCUUGGGGAAAGCGGAUUCGGCGAUAUACCGAGAGGUCGACACGGUUCAACCAGAAUCGUCUCUUCCAGAGUGAUCAGAAGAGGCUCUAUAAAUCAUUGGAGCGACCAAUAGUAAGUGGAACGGGCCCUGCACCAAAUCAGGCCGACAUGGUCGCAUUCUGGCGCAGCCUGUGGUCAGAGCCCGUAAACCACAACGAGGGCCCUUGGACGGAAGUUGUGGCGAGUCAGUGUGCGAGUAUUACGCCCAUGGACCCCGUCAUCAUAACGCCGGAUGACGUAGCUGAGGCGGUCCGUAGGGCCCCGAACUGGAAAAGUCCGGGGCUUGACGGGCUGCAUCACUACUGGCUGAAGGGGUUCAUGAGUAUUGAUGAAAUGGAAAAUUUAGACAGAUGUUUUCCAAAAUACCCAAGACUAGAGUUUGCAUGCGGCGAGCCCUGCGAUAGCGGGCAUGAUCCCUUUCACCGGUGCGUCUCUGCGUUAAUUAACGGGGAUAGGAGCAGCGGCAGUUGA